AUUAAAAUAUAUCAACAAUGGAAAGUAUAAAUAUAUAAAUCUUGAUUUCGAUAAUAGUACGCAGAUUCUCUAUGCGUUCAGAUCGAUUAAGUAGACGCAAUCGAUACCUCUUAUAAUGCAAUCUUUUUUAUACAAAGUAAAUAACUAAUCUGAUUAAUUAUGUUUAAUUUCAUUUUCAUUUUUUAAUUAUACAGUUUUAAACGAAUAUUCGAGUUUAAUUCAAUGAUAUAAGUAACGAUUUUUAGUUUUUAUUCCUAUUAUUAUUAGAACGCUACUAUUUAGUUCCGCCGUAUUGUCGAUAAUACAGAAUAUGAUGCAGAAAUAGAAAAUGAGUGCAGUUAUCGUGAUUUGUCGUUAAUUUUUAAUAUAAUCUGUCAAAGAAAGUAUAUACUAGUGUUUGUCCUGUGUGUAAAAAACAAAACUGCAAUAUCUUAUUGAAUGAUCAAAUACACCUUACUGUCAACAGGCAAACAGUAAAUCAAUGAUGUUUGAUCUACCAUCAGAAUUGACUGCUAAACCAUUAGCUCUGAUCGGACUAUCGGGUUUAGAUGUAGCAAAUACUAUCCAUCGAUCCAUUUGGGAUGCAUUUAGUAAUAAUCGCAGACCGGAUGGUACUACUGUUCAAUUUAAGUUAUUAGGACCAAAACAUGAAUUUCCUACUGUUAAACCAAAGAGAAAUUCAUAUGAAUGGUAUAUUCCUAAAGGAAUCUUAAAACGUAAUUGGAUGAACAAAUAUCUUAAUGAAAUUCCAGCAGUAGUUGUAGUUUUUUAUGAUUUGGAUUGGAAUGAUCCAUUGUGGAACGAAAAAAAGAUAGAAUGUGCCUCAAGAAUACAAUCACUCAGAGCUGCCUUAGAAGGUAGAAGUACAAAAGUAGCACUUGUAUUGAUACAAUGUGAUGUACCACCUCCUCCAGAUUCUGAAGAUAUAGUGGCAACAGAACGAGCAACUGCCUUAUGUGGUGCUUGUGAAUUACCACCUAAUUUACUUUAUGUAUUACCACAUGGUGAUCAUUUAUCAGGAUAUAUAUCUAGAUUGGAGACUGCAUUUUAUCAGUUGGCACAAAAUUUCUAUCAUCACGAAUAUCGUAUUAUUAGAAGUCACCGCGAUCAAUUAAAUAAAACUGUUCAUCAGUAUUUGUUUGUACGUCAUCAAUUUAAAAUGGGAUUCCUAAAUGAAUUAAAGCAAGAUCAACCUCAAAAACAUUACGUCCAAGCAUAUCAUAAUCUCUUUGAAAUAAGAAUGGUAGACACUAAUGCAUUGGAAAUAAAAACUAUUGCUGGUUUUAUAAACUAUAAAAUAUGCAAGAUAAUGUUUAGUUUAAACCUUCCAAAAGAUGCUAUAGCACAGUUUAGACUUCACACAGAAAGGUUUAAACUAAAAACUGGUCCAAAGGAAUUGAUAUUUGAGCAUCAUGCUUGGAUGAGUAACCAGUUUUCAACAUUUGCAGAAUUAUUUGAUGAUGCAAUUCGACAAGGUCUUCCUGCAGUCCAAACUCAACAUCCUGGAUAUUAUUAUCAACUAGCUGCACAACAUGCAAGCUUGAGACAAUCGGCAUGUAAAGAGUUAUGUAAAAAUGUAAAUAGUUACCCAGAUCUAGAUCCAUUAGCUGGGGAAGAAAAACUUGAAUUUUAUGGACAACGGCCAUGGCGUUCUGGAAAAUUAAAUGUAGAACCACUAGAUACUGUUAAAGAAGCAGCUGCUGUACAAGCAUUACAAUAUAAAGAGAAAACAACUGUAAAUCAUUCUAUGAUAAUCAUAGGUUUGCUGGGAAAUGCAAUUUCUCAGUUUAAAAUAUAUCGAUGUCCUAGAAUGCGCAGAUCAUUAGUUGUACAGAUGGCUGAAGAAUAUUAUAAUUCCCGAGACUAUGGAAAAGUUCUUACAUUAUUGAUGCACAUGUUAUGGGAGUAUCAUGGGGAGAGAUGGCCCGUCUUGCUCACAGAUAUCAUAAAAAAUGCUUUACGAGCUGCAUAUUUAUCCACAAGCAUUCAAGACUACCUCACUUUAUCUUUUGAAGCUUUAGGACCUUCUACAACAUUUACUAAAGAUCAACAAACUAUUGUUUAUGCAAAUAUUAUUAAUAUUCUUCAGAAACGGCCACCGCAUCCGGAACCAGAUUUACCAGAUGAUCUAAAACGUGUUGCAUUAGAAAAAUGGAAAUUAGAAUUAAAUCGACAAGAACCAAUUAUGUUUACAAUUGAUGAUAAUAAUAUGACUUCAUUUAUAGAUGUUAAAGCACAAUUUUUGAAACCAAGAUAUAUAGUUGAUGAAGAUGUUAUGAUUGAAGUAAUUAUAAGAAAUUCAUUUUCUGGGAGUAUAGAGUUUUCUAAGGUGUCUGUAACAAUCAACAGCCCUGGUUUCAAUACAGAAAUUGUAGUUGCUAUUCCUCAGCAUAAUAAUGUUGAUCUUGUAUUCUCUAGUAAUCAAAUCAAAAAAUUUUAUGGUCAAUUUGGAGCACCUUCUUUAUGUGAUAGUAGUGAAAUUCGUAUUGGUACAGUCACAUUAUUUAUGGGAAAUGAAACUCAAUGUUGUAUUGUUCUAAGAUUUCCGGCUGCAGGGAAAGAAACAAAUCUUUUACAUCGUUUGUAUCCUGAAAUACAAUUAUUACAUAGUGGGAAAUUCGAAACGAUAAAACCGUUAAUAACAACAGAAAUAAAAAGGAAAGAAAGUGAUGUUAAUAUAAGUGCAAAAUCUAAUAAUCCUGCAUUAUUAGGAGAAUGGGUACCUAUUAUAAUACAUGUAACUGCUGAAGACUAUAUUACUGUAGCAUCCUUGCAUGUUGGUUUUCAAAUGGAUGGAAACAAUGAACAGUCAACUGAUUUAAGUAUGACAAUGUUAACUAAACAAUCACAGGUAUUAAUUGAAAUAGAAAAAACAGGUAAAAAUUGUAUAAUUGAAAAAACUGUAUAUAUGCGAGCACAUAAAGUGGGUAACAGAAAUAUUAUCAUAAAAGUAGAAUAUUGUUAUCCAAAUGAAAUAAAAGGAAGCAAAGAAAUUGUACAUUCUAUACCAGUUAGUAAACCAUUUGAAGUAACUACACGAUUUUGUACUAGUCUUUUAGAACCAUUGACAAAAGGUUUUAUUCACGAGCCUUUUGUUGUCAUGCCACAUAUUUCAUGUACAUCACCUUGUCCAAUAAAAAUUCUUGAUACUUCAAUUGAGUUGGGAGAACUGAUACAAAAGGAAAAUAAUCAAAAUGAAGGUAGUAUUUUAGCAGGAACAGUACUUUCUGAUGGUGAAGCAGGUACAGAUGUAUAUUGCUUAAUAGCUAAAGCUGGCAGUGAGCAACCUGUCAGUAUAGGAGUGUAUACCAUUAAAUGGAUACGUGCGAAUGAUGAGACUGCAUCAGAAACUAGUAGUAGUGUAACAUUAGCUCCAUUGUGGAUAGAAGAUGCAGUCAUUAGUUUAGAAACUAAAUUACCAGCUCAUGGUUGGGUAUGCACACCACUUUACAUAUCAUACAUUAUACAAAAUCAUUCUGAUUAUUUGAUCACGUUACGCUUAACAAUGGAAGCUAGUGACGCAUUUAUGUUUGCUGGACAAAAACAGGUUGAUAUUUAUAUUCUCCCAAAAAAUGAACGAAGAGUAGAGUGGAUUUUACGUCCACUCGUUGCUGGACUCGUGGCAUUACCUAUAUUAUCUCUAACUGUACCUACUGAUGAAGAACAUAAAUUAAGUAAAGGACGCCUUUCGGAAAUGCUAGAACGUUCAUUACCAAGUCAUAUUUAUAUAAUGAAAUAUAAUAGACAUAGUAACAACGAAGAUUGUGAUGGACGUUCCUGAGAAAACUCAAGCUUCUUUAAAUUCGCAGCUAAAUUUUGAAGAAUCGCAACUAAGAAAUCAAAAACUUUUAAAGGUAUAAACAGUAAAAUUUUAUAUUUAAUACAUGAUUAGCAUUUUACGGCAACAAUAUAUUUUAAUUCUUCCUAAUAAUAAAUUGUAAAAAAAUAUUGAUUUCGUAUGAUUUUCAAUUCUACUAUUAAUUCUCAAAUUAUCAAGUUCACAUUUAUAAUUAGUAUUUGAUAAAAACUAUCUUUCCACUGAUUUUAUAUCAUGAAAAAAAUUUCAAGAGUUCGUGAACAAUUGUGAGUGAUACUUAUGCAUAUCGAUAUCGCGUUUUAUGACUCACUUUUCGCGUGUAGAUAGUUUUAAUAAUUUCUGAUAAAUAUUCGUGUAAAUAGUACUGAAAUGGAAAAAAGUGAAUUUCUUUAAGACGGAGGAGUAGAAUCGUCGGAGGCAAUUCUGUAUUCAAAAUGUAUUCUUUCAUUUUGAAUUUAGUUUUAUUUAAAAUAUAUAAAAAUAUAAAAAUUCUGUUGACACAUAUAUACGAUAAAGUAUUAUAAUGUUUUAUUAGAUUUGCAAUUUUAAUCAAUACAUAGAAGACACAUAAAAAUUAUCGUAUUAUUAAACUAUGAUACACAAUAGGACUUGGAGCUUUCUAAAGCACGUUUGAGAACUCUCGCGGCUUAUACACCUACCGAAGAAGAAUUACAACAAAUUGCUUCAAUUUAUCGAAAACGUCUUCAAAAGAGAUCAAGUUCUUAAUCACAUUAUUAAUCUUCAUCCAAAACAUUUACAAUGAUGAAUGUUGUUACGAUCUAAUAACUCGAGCCGAACGAACAAACUUUCAAUUGAAAAGUUUGUUAAUCGUCAGGAUCGAUGGAUCAGAUCGUUUAGCGGUAAAUUUAACUCGCUUAUAUGUAAAUUAGUAUAAGUAAUUCGUAUUAAAUAUAUUAACUAUAUAUAUGUGUAUAUACAUAUAAAAUAAUUCAGUAGAAACAUUUAAAAUUAUGAUAAAAAAAAAAAAUAGUAAUCAAAAAUAAUAGCGGACAUAGUUGUGCCCGCUUAAUACAAUCAUUUUAAUAUAUUUCUUUAGUUAUAUACAUUUUAUAUUUAUACGUAUAUAUAUAACUGAUGAAGUCAAUUCGUAAAAGAAAUAAUUAUUAUGAUAUCAAUCAACAUAUGUUAUAAUCUCUAUUGUUAAGACACCUUGAUCUUUUAUGUUAAUUAAUAAUUUUUUGUGGCUACAACAAUUAAUUCAGAAAUGAUGAAAAUGUAAUAUAUAUUUUUCCGUAAUUACGUACAAGAAAUAUUACUUACACGUAAAUCAAAAAUCGAAUUGUUAUAUUUCUUAAAUUUCGGUUGUGUAUAUUCUGUAGAUUUCGUAGCAGGGCACAAAUUUAAAAGAGACAAGUCCAUACGACGUUCACCUGUAGGAAUGACAUUCAUAUUCAUUUUCCAUGUUGUGGCUGCACUAUCAUCGACAGUAAUUACCAGCGCAUACAACGUGGUAUGUUCGAUAGGACAGCCACGUUUCCUGAACUGUCCUGAUAAGAGCCGAAGACAAUAAAUUGUCGGAAUGCUACUACACGGUUUUAUUUUAAAGCCGUGCUAUAUACAUGUAUCUAAUCUUGACCUUCUGAAAAAAAUGUAACUUAUAAAUCUUUCAUUUAUUAUAUUAUAAAUAUUAUAGGUCUCUUUUGCAACAUAACGUUAAACGCGUUAUCUUCGAUUUUAUCUUGGAUAAAUGUAUAUUCUACAAAAUUAUUUAAAAACUAUACACACAUCAUUUAUCAUAAAGCCGAUUAAAAAUAGUUACGAAGUUCAAUUAUAAAUUUCUAAAAAUGCAAUAUGACCAAUGAUUCACAUUUUAUAAAAGUUUUAUUUUUUAAUCGUUAAAAAGUCAGAAAAGACCAACAUCUGUAUUUUAAUAACUUACUUACCUACAUAAUUAUAAAUAUUAUGUUAAUAACACAUUUCUAUUAUAAAUAUGUUCCGCACACUUCUAAAUAUUCGAAGAAACUGAGAUAAAACAGUUGUAACAAGUAAAAUGUUACUACAUAACUUUAAAACUCAACGUGGCAUAGCAACGACAACUGAAUAAAUAAAAUGCGACUGUACGACAUCGUCAUUGUGAACCAAAAACAUCUGUAUCAAUAUGUUUAUUAUCUUCAAAAAUAUCCUUUUCUUCUAUAAUAUGA